UUAUUUCAAAAAUGCUUUAGUCGUUUCCAAGCGAUUGGACUUGAAACGUUUAUUGAAUACUCUCGGUGUAGGCGAGCUCGGACGUUGGUAGAGCGCAUAGGGCGUCUCGGUAAAAGGAAUAAAUAUCUUGCAUCGGAUGCGCCCAGAACUAAACGCGAUAGUGUAAGUUCCGCUGAGUGUAUCAAGGACCCGUGAAAUUUCGUCCGGACUCAAAAAGUUACGAACAGGGUACCGUAUUCGGUAGCAAGGAGUUAACGUCUCUUAUCCGGUCUAAGAAAGGGCCUUAAGGGUUUUAAAAAUGCCUUCGAAUAGUCGCGAUAGUAACUUCUUCGGUGCAUGGCCCCGCGCGAACGGAAGUGGUGAACUAAAUUUUUCAAUUUCACGAACGUCUCCAUCAACACCGCAGAGUACACCUUUCCACUCAAAACAUGGAUCACCAAUGUCGUACCCUUCGUCACCGAUUAGUACUUCGCCAACUUCGACAUCUCCAUUGUCGACACUGCGCAGAAAUUAUUCCAGCACAUUUAUGCUGAUACCGGAGGACAGGGAAAUAGAUAUCAUCCAGCGACCACCAUCACCAGUGACAGCCACAUCUGAAGAUCCACCAUUAAAUGUGGUUGUCAUCAGAUUGAUCCUUUGGUGGCCCCUCGUAAUAUGGAAGCUUAUCGGCGGAGUUGUAAUGAUGGUACUGCGAUUCCUCUUUAUACCGUUCUCGUUUGCUACUCCAACAUUCUGGCUUUCAGCGCUACUCUGGCUCUUCUGGAAAAUGAUAGCAUUCCCUAUAUCGCUCUUCAAAUGGGUUUUCAAUCCAAUCACCAAUUCGUAUGGGGAGGAGGAUAACGGAAAACGUCGCACCAUUCUAAUAAGUUGUGGAAGUACAAUUCAAACAUUGCAUCUAGCCAGAAAUUUCUACUCGUCAGGAGCACGUGUUAUAGUGAUCGAAUUCGAAGGACUUUUUGGGCUUGCUCGAUUUUCAACGGCUGUUCAUAAAUUCUAUACAGUACCUCGUCCGACUCCUGAAUCACCUCAGGAAUACAUUGCAGCUCUUUGCGAUAUCAUAGAGAAGGAAAAAGCUUCCUACUAUAUACCGGUGUGCGCCACAAGCCCAGCAUACUAUGACGCCUUAGCCAAGCCCCAUUUGGAGCUAUUGGGAUGUGCUUCUUUCACUCCUGGGGUACAGGAGACUCUCGUCUUAGACGAUACUCUGGAAAUGAUGAAAAAGUGUCGAAUCAAUGGAAUCUCAUUACCACCGUAUCGUGUAGUCUCGUCGAAGGAGGAACUAUCUUGUCUUUAUGACAGUGGGUGGCUCACAGGAUAUAGGAAUAUUAUCUUGGCUGUUGGUCCACAUGGAAUUCUCGAACGGCACAAAUAUAUUCUUCCACAGAGCCGAAGGGAUUUGAAGCUGACCCAUGAAAUUAGUGACGAGAAAGAGUGGAUUGUUGUACGAGAUGUCCCCGGAGAUCAUUAUGUAACAUGCACAACAGUAAAGGAGUCGCGUGUUAUCACCAACGUAACAUGCCUCAUUAAUCAGGACACAAAAAGUCUGGUACCAGAGAAUAAUAAGGAAAUAGAAAGCUGGCUCAAUGAAUUCUUCACCAAAGUCCGAUUGCAACGACCCAUCAACGGCCAUAUCAGCUUUCGAUUCGUUAAGUGUAAACAGACAGGUCACCUUUUGCCGUUGGGAUCACGCGUUGGAGUAUCUUUGCCAUACAUAUGUCACACUGGCAAUCAUUCUCGAGUACUGUGCAAACCAUGUCCACACUUCUCCCGUCAAAAUUCAGGCCCUUUAGUGCAAGAAGGUGGCAGAUAUUGGAUACAUGAUGCAGUUCUCAACACCCUUCGGCACCCCUCGAUGGACACAGUGGGGAAGCUGAUUGGGACGGUUCUGGAUAAGCGAGAGGCUCUCUUUGCCUUCUGGGACCCAUUACCCUACUGUGCAUACUAUCACUUUCAACUACCACUCGAAUCCGUUAAGACCUUCUUGCAGAAACGGCGACGAUCGAAAAGUAUGGCUUCAACAAUGACAGCCCCAGUUCAUUGAAAAUGUGCAGACAACGGCAGCAUCUUUUCAUCGGCAAAGCUGUUGGCGUCUUGUUGUUUUUCGAAUAUUCUACGGAGAGAGAGUUCAGACUUUUGUGAUAAGCUUUCAUUUUUUAUGUAAAUAUAUAUAUAUGAUAAUAUAAUGCAUAGUCAUACCCAUUGCGCUGAAAGGAAUUUUUUCAAUAUAUUAUUGUAACGUUGAUGAGUGGGACGGAAUUGAAUGAGAAGUUUUAGAUUUGUUUUAUUAUUCUUGUUAUUGGAACAAUGAAAAAAAUAAACCUAUUUUUAUAGAA